AUGGAGACCCAGAAACGGCAAACUGCAGGCCCCUGCCUGGGCAGGCGGAUGUGCUCCAAGGGCCCGCUGCUGGAGAGAUGCAGCACGGUGGUGUCUCAGCCCAGCUCCUCUUUCCGACCACUGCAGAAAGGCUCCCCGCCAAGCCUGGUGGGCAAGGCGCAGUCCUUGCCUUCGGAUCAGCCUGUGGGGAUCUUCAGCCCUCUGACCACCUCAGAUACCAGCAGCCCCCAGAAGUCCCUCCGCACAGCCCCAGCCGCCGGCCCGCCUCCAGGCAGGUCUUCCCCAGCGGGCUCGCCCCGCACCCGGCAUGCCCAGAUCAGCACCAGCAACCUGUACCUGCCCCACGACCCCGCGGUGGCCAAGGGUGCCCUGGCUGGCGAGGACACGGGCGUUGUGACCCACGAGCAGUUCAAGGCUGCACUCAGGAUGGUGGUGGACCAGGGUGACCCCCGGCUGCUGCUGGACAGCUACGUGAAGAUUGGCGAGGGCUCCACGGGCAUCGUCUGCCUGGCCCGGGAGAAGCACUCGGGCCGCCAGGUGGCCGUCAAGAUGAUGGACCUCAGGAAGCAGCAGCGCAGGGAGCUGCUCUUUAAUGAGGUGGUGAUCAUGCGGGACUACCAGCACCUCAACGUGGUGGAGAUGUACAAGAGCUACCUGGUGGGCGAGGAGCUGUGGGUGCUUAUGGAGUUCCUGCAGGGCGGGGCCCUCACGGACAUCGUCUCCCAAGUCAGGCUGAAUGAGGAGCAGAUCGCCACCGUGUGUGAGGCUGUGCUUCAGGCCCUGGCUUACCUGCAUGCCCAGGGUGUCAUCCACCGGGACAUCAAGAGUGACUCCAUCCUGCUGACCCUCGAUGGCAGGGUGAAACUCUCAGACUUUGGAUUCUGUGCUCAGAUCAGCAAAGAUGUCCCUAAGAGGAAGUCUCUGGUGGGAACCCCCUACUGGAUGGCUCCUGAAGUGAUCUCCAGGUCUUUGUAUGCGACUGAGGUGGAUAUCUGGUCUCUGGGCAUCAUGGUGAUUGAGAUGGUGGAUGGGGAGCCACCCUACUUCAGUGACUCCCCAGUGCAAGCCAUGAAGAGGCUUCGGGACAACCCUCCACCCAAGCUGAAAAACUCUCACAAGGUCUCCCCGGUGCUGCGAGACUUCCUGGAACGGAUGCUGGUGCGGGACCCCCAGGAGAGAGCCACAGCCCAGGAGCUCCUGGACCACCCCUUCCUGCUGCAGACGGGGCUGCCCGAGUGCCUGGUGCCCCUGAUCCAGCUCUACCGCAAGCAGACCUCCGCCUGCUGAGCCCACCCCCAGAGUGCGCCUGCCACCUAUGCCCACAGGCAGGGGACACCGGGCAGCCAGCCUGCCGGCAUUCUCUCAGUAUUCUCUCCAAAGAUUGAAUGUGAAGCCCCCUCCCCGCCCUCCUGCCCCUCAGCCCACUGGGCCAGGCCGGACCUGCCCUCUCGGUCUCUCUCCCUCCCCAGUGAGUCCCCAGUUGCCUUUGGGAUGAUGGAGACCCUUCUGCAGGAUGACCCUUUGUUAUUUGCACAGGGAUAUUUCUAAGAAACGCAGAGACCAGCGCUCCUGGCCACUGCAGCCAACACAGCAGAAAAGGCUGCUGCGGUUUUUAAAGGUAGUUGUACACUAGCACCCCAGGCCCCCCAAGAGGGCAGCCUGCCUGUCUUCACCAGGAUACUUGCUGUUCUCAGCUCCAGUUCCAAACCCUGGGGUCUCGAGAGGGCCACAGGGAAGGGUUUUAUUGCCUAAAUCCAUCUUCCUCCCUUGUGUCUGACUUCCUGAAGGCACGGUCCCACCUGCACCUGCUUCCCGACCCACCUGCGCCGACAACACUCUCCCUGCACAGCCUGCUCCGAACUGUGAACAGCCUGCUCACAGGCUGUGGGAGGGGGAGGGGCACUUUCUGGGUGAAAGAAAAGAACGGGGUUGGUGGUAGAGGUGGCCUCACUUUACAGGUUGCAUGUGUGUGUGCACACCUGUGUGUGUGUGCAUGUGUGUGUAAGUGGAGGAAGGUCACCCUGACAGCCUGGCUCCCUUCAGGUCACCCAUAGCCAGCUUCAGGAGGGCUUCCCCAUCCUCUUUCCCACUAAGUUCUGCUCUGAAGGGACCUGCUUUCUUGGCCUAGCUUCCCACCUCUUAAGUUCCAUGUUUCUACUUGACCAUGAGGAGGUCUCGAUUGAGUCUAACACCUCGGGGCUUGGCAGGUGUCUGAGUUUCUCCUGUAUGUGGAGUCUGAGAGCCAGAGACUGGAAUGGUGAGGGAGCAAACUUUGUUUUCCCUGUGAGUGCCAUCUCAAUAACCAGGUCAUCAGGGACCCGUUCUUUUCAAAACCGUGGUCUGGGGGAGGCGAACCAGCUCCCGGGGUUCCGUCACGUCAAGAGAAUGGGCACCCCGUUUGCGCAAACCAUCUGCCCCAGCUGCCUCCUCAGACACCUGUCUCCUUGUCCUCCUUCCCUCCCCACCUGCAGGGCUGUUGUGAGACAGGGAAUCCCAGGGAAGAACUCCAGGUGUCUGGACCCUAUCUAGAUAAUAUUUUUAGAUUCCUCUGCUCCCUAGUGGCCUGCUUUGGGG